AAUUACGAGUAACUUGAAGGGUAGCUUUGCUAUUAAUAGUUUUCACGGGCAGCCCAGCGGUUGCGCAGCCUUUUCAAACUAUUCCCAGGAAAAGGAUACAAUAAGCCACCCGCGCCGUCCCGCCGGUGGACCAACCAAUAAAUUCACAGCUGCGCAGUCUGGAUUUCCGAAUUUGCCCAUUUCUCUAUCAUCUCUGAAACCAUGGAAAUCCGAGGGGUUUUUAUUCUCUGUUGUCGAUAGAUUUUCGCGAUACCGGAAGCAAGUCUGAAUGUAGAAGAAAGAAAAUUCCUGGAGGAGAACUAGCGGAAUUUUUCUAGGUUUCAACUGGCGCUAGAGUUUUCUUUCCAUCGGUUUUUUUUCCUACAGGAAAUUUGCAGGUUUUGGAGCCGAGAACUACCUCCAACUUUCUCGGGAUUUACUAUUCCGUGAAAGAUUUUUAUGUUCAUUUUAUGGUUACUGUUUUUCUUCCAACCGACAAGGUAACUGAAUGUAUGGAUAUGGACGUACUACAAAUUUGAUACAUUCUAUUAUUAGCUGUAGUUUCAGGAAUACUGUACGGUUUUAGUUUAUACUAUAUGGUUUUUGGAUAUUUGGGGAUGUUGCAGUAAUGAAAAAUGGAUUCGAAGUCGGUUGAUUUUUUAGUUUUAGCUGGAAUUUAGGGGUGGAACUGGAAAUUUGUCCAUGACCUGAAGGGAUCGAUUUAGCAUAGAUAAAAGGAGGUUUUGUAGCUUUUGCAUUUCUGUGAACCUGCAUAAUUUCUUUCUGUAUUUACUGAACGCUUGGUCAAUGGCAUCUGAGUGUUCACCGCCAUCAACAGACCUUUUAAAAUGCUGCAACUGUAAGUGCAGCUCUUCAGUCAUGAAGAGUUCAUUUUCAGGAACGCGCAUUAGGUCUGUGAAGCGUAAGCACGAUGCAUUCGAGGAAGAAAAUGGGUUCUCUAUUCCAGGGCUUGAGGUGCCACAAAAUGCCCGUGUAGAGAUAGGAGAUGAAUGCAUGGCACUUCGAGAAAUAGUCAGCAAUCAGCAGCAAACUAUUCAGGAUCUCAUUUCCGAGCUUGAGGAGGAGAGGAAUGCUUCUUCUUCUGCAGCCAAUGAAACUUUGUCUAUGAUUCUGAGGCUGCAGAGGGAUAAGGCGGAAAUUCAAAUGGAAGCUAAGCAGUUUAAGAGGUUUACUGAGGAAAAAAUGGCACAUGAUCAGCUGGAAACUUCGGCAUUGGAGGAUUUGUUGUAUAAGAGGGAGGAGGUCAUGCAAGCACUUGCAUGGGAGCUGCAGGCCUAUAAGCAUACAAUGAUAAGUUAUGGGCUCACAGAGGCUGAGAUCGAUGGCGACGCAAGUAUGGAUAUGAGCUCUAGGUUGCAUGAAAAUAUGGAAGGUGACCUUCCUUAUGGGAUAUACCCUCCUAUCAAGUGUUAUCCAAAUGAAUCCCACACCUAUGAAAAUGAUGGUGGUGAAACUGAGAUUGACAAAUAUGUUUUCAAGGAAACUCCAUGUGUUGAGGACCAAAAUUCUCCGAUAAUUGUUAAUAAUGCCCUUGAGGAGACACAACUUUCAUCUACUCAUUCUGAUUCAAGGAAGGAGGGUGAUACAAGAGAAGCUUCAACUAAUGGUAUUGUGGAUGCAAAGGGUUCAGUUGCUGUUAGUCAUGAUGAAUAUAUGAGAGCAUCAGGAGAACCAUUAAAUCAUUCUGAUGGUAGAGAUGUAGAGAUCCAUAAGCUGUAUGCAAGGCUUCAUGCUCUUGAAACUGGUAGAGAAUCAAUGAGACAAACAAUUAUUUCUCUAGGUACAGAAAAGGCGCAAAUGGUAUUGUUAAAGGAGAUAGCUCAGAACUUCUCCAAAGAAAUUUCUCCAGCAAGGAGAAUGCCUGUGAGAGACCAUGCACUUGUUGGGAAUUUCUCCUUCAUGUCAAUGUUCAAGUGGCUUGUUUCUCUUUUUUUCUGGAGAAGAGAAGUGCACAGUUACAGGAAUAAGUCUGGUUUACCCUCCAAGAAUGUAGGUUUGCUGCUACUUUUGGACCAAGGUCCUUGGAAGGGAGCCUAAAGAAGAUAUGCAAAUUCAGCAGAAAAAUGGAUACAAGUUGAAAUUGUCUGCAUCCAAGAAUGAGUCUGUUCAACAAUAUAAACAUUAUGCUGUGCUUUCCUUUGUAUCAUAGCUGGCCUUUGAUUCUUGGGAUUGCCCUGUUUUGAUUUGAUUGGAUUGGAUAGAAUAUUUGUUAGAUUCUGGUGGCAUUUAGGGUGUUGCACUUAAAUACAAUUUUCAGUUGAUUGGCAAUCAUGGGACAUAUGGAGAUGGACAGUGUAUAUAUUUGAAUUUUAACAUUUUUAUUUAUUUUGUUGUAUAAUUAUUUUGAA